CACAUUUCUAUGACUGGUCACUGACUUGAAAGACAAGAAAAUGUCGACCCACAAGAAGAAGACGAGGAAGUUGAGGGGUCAUGUCAGUCAUGGCCACGGUCGUAUCGGCAAGCACAGGAAGCAUCCCGGUGGACGGGGUAACGCCGGUGGCAUGCACCACCACAGGAUCAACUUCGACAAGUACCAUCCCGGGUACUUCGGCAAGCUGGGGAUGAGGAACUACCACCUGCGUCGCAACACCAAGUGGUGUCCCACGGUGAACCUGGACAAGCUGUGGUCCCUGGUCAGCGAGCAGACUCGUGUCAAGUACAAGGACAACACCGAGAAGGCCCCUGUCAUUGACGUCGUCAAGGCGGGCUUCUACAAGGUCCUGGGGAAAGGCAGGUUGCCCAAGCAGCCGGUGAUCGUGCGUGCCAAGUUCUUCUCGCGAAGAGCUGAAGAGAAGAUAAAGGAAGUGGGUGGAGCGUGUGUUCUCCAGGCAUAAUCCUCACUGUACUUGUUAAUAAAUAUAUUUGUAUAAAGUG